AUGGACCCUUCCUGGUUGCAGUACACUGACCCAACCAAAGCACGAGACCUGACGGUCGAGGCUGCCCAAAGCAUAUCCAAGGCCAUCAGAGGAGGAAGUUCAUCUGCUCGGAAUAACAUUCCGUUUGCGAAACUCAAGGCUCUUCUUGACAGCAGAAGCGAUCGCGAUAUCCUUGAUGGUCUGAAAAGAGUAGUCUCUAUGAUCUAUCAAAACAAGCCAUGUUUACCAUACUUCUCGUCGGUCGUCAAGAAUGUUGCGAACCCCAACCUUGAGGUCAAGAAGCUCGUCUACAUCUAUUUACUGCAUUACGCAGAGUCCGAUCCAGAUCUGGCUUUGCUUUCUGUCAACGCUAUCCAAAAGUCUCUUACAGACCAGAAUCCUCAGGUCCGAGCCCUCGCCCUGCGCACCAUGUCUGGGAUGCGAGUGCCGGUAAUCAGCCAGAUCGUUUCUCUGGCCAUCAAACGCGGCGUAGGUGACAUGAGCCCUCAUGUGCGAAAGGCUGCUGCUCUCGCCAUCCCGAAGUGCUACAACCUCGACCCUAACACGCUCCCGCAACUGCUCGACUAUAUUUCUGCUCUGUUAGGCGAUAAGCAGUACUUCGUUGUUGGUCCCGCAGUCCAGGCAUAUCUCCAAGUGUGUCCCGACCGCAUCGACCUUGUCCACAUGCAUUACAGGAGUCUUGUCAAGAAACUGGUUGACAUGGAUGAAUGGAGUCAGUUAGCAACCUUGAAGCUACUCCUGUUUUACAGUCGACGUUGCUUCUCUCGUAAGACCCAAAAAGUCACCAAAGUCAACAAACAAGGGUUCUACGAGGAUGAGCCUGAUGAGACAGUCGAAACAGGCGAGGUGAUAGAGGUACUGGAUCCAGACCUAGAACUGUUCCUCAACGCUUGCAAGCCGCUGCUACAAAGCCGGAGCUCGGCUGUUAUCAUCUCGGUCACCAGUUGCUUUCUGUACCUAGGCACUCCAGAUUAUCUUCGAGAAGCUGUUGGGCCAUUGAUAGGACUGAUGCGUGGGCCUCCCGAAGUAGAGGAAGUGGCACUGUGCAACAUUGUGUUGGUUGCCUUGUCUGCACCAGAUCUGUUCGUCCCUUAUGCGUCACACUUUCUGAUCCGGACACAGGACUCUCCGCAGAUAUGGAGACUAAAGAUCGAACUGCAGACUCUCAUCUUUGCUCACGCGGCAUUACAUCUCAAGUCCAUCAUUCUAAGUGAGCUAGAGCACUUCUCUCAUUCGUCGGACGUUGAGCUCACGCGCGAAUCGGUCCGUGCUAUCGGGCGAUGCGCACAAUCUGACCCGAAGGACGCCCACCGAUGCUUCCGAGUACUUCUGAACCAAAUAUCCAGCUUCGACAAUACUUUAGUCUCUGAAGUACUCACCGUCAUGCGUCAUUUGAUCCAACAGGACCCUUCCUCUCAUCGAAAGACCGUGGUGCGCUUAGCCAGGAACUUGGACAAGACCACGAGUCCGGAGGCUCGAGCUACAAUCAUAUGGCUUGUAGGGGAAUUCGCGAGCCUCGACCCCGAGAACAACAUAGCGCCUGACGUUCUUCGGAUAUUGGCCAAAGGGUUUGCGGAUGAGAGUGAAUCUGCCAAACAACAGAUUGUGCUACUGGCCGCAAAAGUCUACCUGCUGUUUUUGCAGAGGGAGACCGCUGCUUCCGGCGGCGAAAAGAAUGAUCCCGCGGAAUCACAAAGCAAUCUUGCAGAGGAAUCGCACGCCCCAGCCGACUUGGACCACCCAAUUUCAAAACUAUGGAAUUACAUCCAGCUCCUCGCUCGCUAUGACACGUCGUACGACCUGCGCGACAGAGCGCGGCUUUUCAAGGCUUUGCUUGCCAAUCCUUCAUCGACCCAACUAGCAGCUCUCCUGCUCCUUGCUCCCAAACCAGUCCCGCACUCUCCUUCACCUUCGGAAAGUCGAAGGGGGCUCAUGCUAGGCAGCACCACACUCGUCUUGGGCACAGACACGGCGGGCAUUCUGGGACUUGCGGGCUACGAGCAAUUACCCGACUGGGUAAGCGACGGCCUCGAGCCGGACCCGAAACUCCGCGACGCAGCCGAUGGCGGCGAGAAGGAAGAAUAUGUGCCCAUGAGCGGGAGGACAGCGAGCUCUGUCGCGGCAAGUCGGAGAUUGGACGAGGCUGUCAAGGAGCGCGGGUUGGAAAAAGUCGUUGCGGCGGGGACGGCUAAGGCCAAUGCGAAGCCCAGAACUCUGGACGAUUGGCUGGCCGAGAGUGAAGAGGAAGAGGAAGAAGAGGAGACUGAGGAGGAGACCGAGAGCGAAGAGACGGACGAAGAGGAGUCGGACGAAGGAGAGACCGAGGGGGAGACCGAGGACGAGGAAGACGAGAGAGGAAUGACGAGGGGAUUGAUCGCCUCGCACUCCUCCUGA